AUGCGGUCUCAUUCAUUUUGGCGGUCUGUUUUGAACGGAAAAACAUGGCAUCCCAAGUUGAAGAUCUUGAAAGGAUUUUUCAAGAUAUCUCAAACCACAGCAGAAACAUCAAAUCUCUUGAGUUCUGCAAUGCUGUGGAUGGAAAUCAUGAACUACAGUUCCAAAAGCACAAGAGUCAUCUUGUAAGUUUAAAGACUAUGUUGAUAAGGUUACAAACCCAAUCCCGUUUCCUGGAAAAUGUAGCAAAAGAAAACUGGUCUUCACCUGACAACAUACAAAAGAAAGAACAUCAAGCAAAUGCAACUGGGAAUGAAAGUAAGAAAGACAAACAGAUGAUUGAGGAGCUGGAGACAAAGAUUGAUGACUUGGCUGAAACUCUCUGCACCAAACACAAAGUUUUGAAGGAAAAGCUUGAGCUUUUGGAACAGAGAAUUGCCGCCACCAAAGACAAGAAAAGCAAGUACGAGAUGCUGAAGGAGAAGUCAGAGCAGUUUGUUGGCAAAGUACAGGAAAAGGUACUGUAGCACCACUGUCAUUACAAAUUUAACAAUAAAUAGGAAACAUUUUCUGUGUUUCUAUUGAGUUAUGUAGAAACACGAGGAAAAGAAUCGGAGAACAUUAAAUGCUGUGGAAACGUGAGCAGCAGGCAAGUGUUUUCACAGCUUUUAAUCAAGUUGUCCCAAACCUUUACGUGUUUGAAUAACUUGAUGAAAAUGAGAAUGCAAGAAAAAGAAAGGAAAAUCACGUCAUUAUUUCAAAUUCUCUUCGCUUAGGGCAUCAUUACGUCAAGAGCUCAUGUCAGUCCUGUGUUCCUAUAAAGUUAUAGACCUAUAGCUGUUAAAGCAUACCCUUUCUUACUAGGUGAUUUUCAAAUUAAGUCUAACAGGCUGAAACAGGCCCUGAAAUAAUAGUUAACUAGAUGCCAAAGAAAGAGUAUAUUUUUCUAUGUUACAGGGCUCGAAAAAAGUGCCGCCCCAUUGUCCCAGACAAGCAGAUUUUCCUUCUGAGCAAGUAAAUUUACAUUCUCACUUGCCUGAUGGGCAAGGGAUCAAUCAAGUUAUCUGCCAACUAAAUCAUUAAAAGAACAAACUAAGACUUUCCUAGGCCAAGCAAAAUUUUUGAGCUACUUGUCCCAAGGGCAAGCUGGAAUUCAAGUUUUUUUUUCAAGCCCUGUAUGUUGCUUCCUUAACCCAAAUAUGUCUUGCUUCAUCCAGAAACAGGCUUUUGGUCAAGAUUUGAAAAGUUGGUGUCCAAAAUGUGCAAUAGGGUUGGCUCAAAUGAACAAUUUGUAAACCAACAGGUGAAAAAUAAAGCACUUCUCUUUAAAAAUUUGGCAUACAACAGAUGCUUGGACACCAAUCUGGCUAAGGCCAAUCCAGAAGUAAUUGGACAGUUAUGGUCAAAGUCAUAGGCUGAUUGCAAUUGGCAAGUCAAAAAGGAUGUUUUGGAAAACCAUUCCUUCCAAAUGGUCAGUAAAAUAGUCCUAGCUUACGGGGUAAUGAUGAUUGUAAUGCAGGAUAUGUAAACAUGUAUUUGAAGAUCUUGAUAAUCUCUAAAACAUCAGUAUAAUAUUGGAUGUGUGCGGAACUCACAGAGGGAUCUUCUUAACCUCAUGUGAAUAUCGUGGUCAGUCAUUCCUAUUUGGUUUAUUUACUUAAUUAUUUCUGCUGAGAUCAAGUUCAAAAUAUUAGUUUUGACACUAUCCAGAUUAAUAGUUCAUUUGGAUAAUGUAAAAUAUUAACAAGUAAUUAUGCGAUUACAGUAAUCUAAAUAACUGCCUUUUCAACUUAAUUCAAUUAAAAGCUAAAGAAAACUAGCCCCCAGAUAGUCUUGAUUCAUCUGAAUCAUUUGUUUUGAAUGACACAAUAGGCCACAUUCAUAUUCUUGGUAAUGGACUUGAACUAGCUUGCAACCAAGUCUAAUGCGGGGAGUCGUGUCUAAUGUAAACACCAUUUAUCUCUUUUUGCUGGUAUUCCUCCACACGAGC